AGUUCCGCAACUGAUAUGGCACGCGGCGGCCAAGACGGACGUGUCUGCCGCCUUGCGGCGCCUCUUGUCAAACUUCAGUGCGUUUGCCGCAUGGGGCGGGUCGGUCGGGGAUCCGCUCACGAUGACGUCAUGUGCAGGCAUUAUCUUCUAAGUGGUGUUGGUCGGAGGCACCCCAUGCGGAACUUUUACCGCACCGGCUAGCGCCAGGUUCGGAUAGCUCAUGUAUCCGCCCCCCGUGCUUUCGACCUUCGGAGCAUUGCGCCCGUGUUCAAACGUGCUGUACGCUCACGGUUGUUCACCACAGUUGUCUGCCCUAGCGACACGGUGCUUCAAACAUCGGUUGACACGCGCGGUACACGGCAAUCCAGAGGCACGGACUGUGUGAAGCGCGUCUGAAAUAGAACCCGAUAACUUCCUUAUCUGGGCCGGAAGAUUGUCGGUGAACCUUGGAAAGAAGUCAUGCUGCCGCGUCUCUUUUACGCUUUGCUAAUCGCCCUCUGCCUUGUGAAGUUCGUAGUGCCUCAAAAGCAGAAGAACGUGCUCCUCAUCCUUGCCGACGAUGGAGGCUUCGAGACCGGGGUGUACAACAACACAGUCUGCCAGACGCCCCACUUGGUCGAGCUGGCCAAAAGAGGAGUGGUCUUCGACAGGGCCUUCACCUCCGUGAGCAGCUGCUCCCCGAGCAGGGCGUCCCUGCUCACGGGGCUCCCGCAGCACCAGAACGGCAUGUACGGACUGCACCAGGGCGUGCACAACUUCCAGUCCUUCCCGCAAGUGCGGUCGCUGCCCGGGAUCUUGGCACAGCAUGGAAUCCGGACUGGAAUUGUGGGAAAGAAACACGUGGGUCCGGAGGUGGUGUACCCGUUUGACUUUGCCCACACCGAGGAGAACAACUCGAUCCUGCAAGUGGGCCGGAACAUCACCAGGAUCAAGCACCUCGUCCGGAAGUUUCUCUCUGCCAACGAAUCCAAGCCAUUUUUUCUGUACGUGGCCUUUCAUGACCCCCACCGUUGCGGGCACACGCACCCGGAGUACGGCCAGUUCUGCGAGAAGUUCGGCGACGGCAGCAUCCCGGGCAUGGGCCACAUGCCGGACUGGACGCCGCAGCGCUACGAGCCCGCCGACGUCAGCGUGCCUUACUUCGUGCAGGACACUCCGGCGGCCAGAGAGGACAUUGCCGCCCAGUACACCACCGUCGGGCGGAUGGACCAAGGGAUCGGCCUGGUGCUGCAGGAGCUGGAAGCUGCCGGCUUCGGAGACGACACCCUGGUCCUGUUCUCGUCCGACAACGGGGUCCCUUUCCCCAGCGGCAGGACCAACGUGUACGAGCCGGGCAUCCGUGAGCCGUUCAUCGUUUAUGACCCAACGCGGCCGGGCUCCGCAGGAAAGAGAUCGGAUGCCAUGGUGAGCCUUCUGGACGUCACGCCGACUGUCCUGGACUGGUUCGGCAUUCAGCCACCCGACUACGACAUCUUCGGCAAGCCCGUGAUCUUAACGGGGGCCUCUGUCCUACCGCUGGUCGGAGCUGAUGGCGGCGGCGAGGGGGCCUCCGGCGAAGAACGAGCCGUCUUCGCAAGCCACAACCUUCACGAAGCAACCAUGUAUUAUCCCAUGAGGGCCGUCAGGAGCCGGGGCUUCAAGCUCAUCCAUAACCUUGGAUUCAAGAUGCCGUUUCCGAUCGACCAGGACUUUUAUGUGUCACCCACCUUUCAGGACAUCCUCAACCGAACGCGCGAAGGGAGGCCCCUGCCCUGGACCAAGACCCUGCGGUGUUACUACUACAGGGACCAGUGGGAGUUGUUCGACCUCGACCACGACCCGAGGGAAGCGGUGAACCUCGCCAAAGACCCCGUCCACUCGGCCGUCUUAGAGGCGCUCCAGACCCAGCUCCUCAAAUGGCAGCAGAUCACCCACGACCCCUGGAUGUGCGCCCCUGACGGCGUCCUGCAGGAUAGCGGACUCUACAAAGAACAUCCCCAGUGCUUCCCAUUACUCAACGGUCUCUGAUACCUGGAGUCCAUCUUACGGGGACAUGAUUCCAUAUAGGUUUUGUCUUCCUGGU